AAGGAGGGAUCCUCCUCUGUCUUCUCUUUGUCUGUUGUAACCGAGCAAAGGGAAAACAGAGAAAAGGGUCUCUUCUGCUUUUUAUAGGCUUCUAUUUUUUCCUUGUUUAUUCUUUAAGCAAAGCAGAAAUUUUUAGAGAAACAAACAUAACUGAAAAGUUACAAUGGUUAAAGCACUAGAACUUGGGAACAACAUUCAUAAAUCUAUAUCAAAAAAAUUGUUUGAUUCUUCUGGUAAACAAUCACAAAGCAUGGUUUCUGAUAAUGGAAGUGAUAGUGGGGGAAAUUUUGAUAAGUUCGCUGGUCCGGCAGCUGCUCCUCCGGAAAAGCAACCGCAGCUGCAACCCUCUGAUAUGGAACUGAUGAAGGAAAAAUUUGCCAAGCUGCUUUUGGGUGAAGACAUGUCAGGUGGUGGAAAGGGGGUCUCUUCAGCUUUGGCUUUGUCAAAUGCCAUUACAAACCUUGCUGCCUCAACUUUCGGAGAACAAAGGAAAUUAGAGCCUAUGGCUCCGGAGAUAAAAGCAAGGUGGAAAAAGGAAAUAAAUUGGCUUUUAUCUGUAACAGAUCACAUUGUUGAAUUUGUUGCUUCACAACAGAAAUCCAAGGAUGGAACAAAUAUGGAGGUAAUGAUGACAGUACAAAGAAAAGAUCUGCGCAUGGACAUUCCUGCCCUACGAAAGCUCGAUGCCAUGCUUAUUCAGGACUGCCUCGAUAGCUUUGGAAACAACGAUAAUGAAUUCUGGUAUGCAUCUAAAAAAGAAAAGGAGGCAGGGAGAGAUAAUGACAAAUGGUGGAUUCCGACUGUUAAGGUGCCUCCGAAUGGGCUGUCAGAUUCGGCACGAAAAUGGAUACAAUCUCAGAAGGAGUCUGUGAACCAAGUUCACAAGGCAGCCAUGGCCAUAAAUGCUCAAGUACUAUCAGAAAUGGAGAUCCCUGAAAGCUACAUUGAAUCACUUCCCAAGAAUGGAAGAUCAAGCCUUGGGGAUUCAAUUUACAAAAGCAUAACUGUAGAAGCUUUUGACCCAGAUCAGUUCCUGUCGACCAUGGACUUGUCGACAGAACAUUCGGUGCUUGAUCUCAAGAACAAGAUUGAAGCCUCGGUUGUGAUCUGGAAGAGAAAAAUGAACCAUAAGGACGGAAAGUCGUCCUGGAGUUCAGGUGUGAGUUUGGAGAAGAGAGAGCUCUUGGAGGAGAGAGCAGAAACUAUUUUACUUUUACUCAAACAUCGGUUCCCAGGCAGUCCACAAUCUGCGCUCGACAUAAGUAAAAUCCAAUAUAACAGGGAUGUAGGACAGGCAAUCUUGGAGAGUUAUUCAAGGGUAAUAGAAAGUUUGGCCUUCACAGUGAUGUCUAGGAUUGAAGACGUACUUUAUGCUGAUUUAAAGGCAUCAGGAUCAGAAUCCAAUGAGGUUUCUAUAAUGGAGUCUCCGGGAUCAUCAAUAAACAAGCCAGGUGAAGAGGAGACAAUAAGGACACUCUCAGACUUUAUGGAUUGGGAGGAGGAGCAAACAACAGAGGUAGAGACAGAGACAGGGACAGGGAGAAAGUCAUGGACAGGGACAGGGACAGUGGCAGGGGCAUACUUGAGAAGGAUAAUAGCAAGAGGGAAUAAACAAGGCUAUUAUGCAGUUGAUAACGAGAUGGUGAUGUCAAAACCUCCACCCCCUGUUGUGACCCCGAAGAAAUCUUCCUACUUAGAGAGGCUUGAGAACUUAACAGGUCCCAGAAGUCCAACAGCUCGCUAUUGACAUAAACAGAAAGUGUAGAACAAAGGAGACUUGCAAGAAGGAAAGAAGCACCAAUGGUUAGGGAACUUAUUGCUGAUUAUAGAUGUUAACCCUACUGGGAUUCACUUCAGGACAGGCAAGUCUUUUACUAUGCGUAUAAUAACGCUAUUGGAUACCAAAAUUUUUGAAUGCCAAAUUCUCUAAGCUGUCCACAAGUUAAGCUGUGUCUCCUAUCCCAAGACAUGCAAAUAUGAUUUGUAGUAUAGCCACUAGGGAACUCUUAGUCUUCAGGUCUCCUUUUCCUAGUCAAGAAUCAUGUUGUAAUGCGAUUCAAAUCAAAUAAAUAAAUAAACCGUUCACAUUUUAAUUUGUUCCG